AUGGAGCCCUGCACCCCCACAACCAACAGGAAACCAGGCUCUGACCGACAGCCUCCCCAGAGGAGCCACUGUGGGGUUCCACAGGAGCAUGGAGGCCUCAGUGUGUACUUUAGUGGAAAACAUGCAUGGUCCAGCAGCAGGCAGGCAAAAUACAUUUGCAGGGCAUCUGGGAAUCAUACCCAUGUGCCCGAAUUCAUUCUCACAGGGGUCUCAGAGCGCGCUGAGCUGCAGCUUCCUCUUUUCUUUGGCUUUCUGGGAAUCUAUGGGCUGACUGUGGCAGGGAACCUGGGUAUCAUCACCCUCACCAGUGUGGACUCCCGAUUGCAAACCCCCAUGUACUUCUUCCUCCGACACCUGGCUGUCAUCAACUUUGCCAACUCCACUGUCAUUGCCCCUAAAAUGCUGAGCAACUUCUUAGCAGAUAAGAAAAGCAUCUCAUACUAUGCCUGUGCCACACAGCUGGGGGGAUUCCUGGUUUUCAUCGUGGCUGAGAUCUUCAUGCUGGCCGUGAUGGCCUAUGACCGCUAUGUGGCCAUCUGCAAGCCCCUGCUCUACAUGGCGGUGGUGUCCCAGAGGGUCUGCCUGCUGCUGGUGUCCCUCACCUACCUCCAUGGCCUUUUCACAGCUCUUGUAGUGACACCUUGUGUAUUCUCUGUGUCUUACUGUUCUGCCAACAUAAUCAAUCACUUUUACUGUGACAAUGUCCCCUUGCUAGCAUUGUCCUGCUCUGAUACCUACGUUCCAGAGACAGCAGUGUUCAUAUUCUCUGGGACAAACUUAUUUUUCUCCAUGGUCAUUGUUCUAAUAUCCUACUUCAACAUUGUCCUUGCCAUUUUAAAGAUACGUUCUGCAGAGGGGCGGUGGAAAGCCUUCUCCACAUGUGCCUCUCACAUGAUAGCCGUCACCGUGUUCUACGGGACUCUCCUCUUCAUGUAUGUGCAGCCCAGGACCAACCACUCCCUGGACACUGACAAAAUGGCUUCUGUCUUCUACACACUGGUGAUACCAAUGCUGAAUCCUGUCAUUUACAGUCUGAGGAACAAGGACGUGAAGGAUGCUCUGAAGAGAUUCCUCAGGAACCCAUGCCAGUCGCUGAAACUCAUGUGA